AUGAAUACAACGUCAAGUAUUUUAAUGAAGAAUUUAUCUCGAAUAAAUAAUGAAUCUUGGUUUAUUCCAAUUGAUAUAAUAACAAAUCUAUGUAUUUUCUGUUCAUUAAUUUUAGCAAUAAUAUUUUUCGUGACAAUUUUCUUUAGUAAAAUCUGUCGAACAGUUCCAAUGAUGCUUGUUACAAAUUCGUGUUUUUCUGGAAUUCUAUUUGGAAUUGUUAUUUAUUAUAUGAAUGUUUUUAAACUUUUAAAUGAUUAUAAUCAAAGAGAUUAUCAAGAUAUAUUAUGUAGUUUUCGAGGAUAUGCUGGUUAUGCAUCAUGUUCAAUAUUAAAUAAUUCAUUUUUAUUACAAUCAAUUUAUCGUUUUGUGAGAAUAAUUUAUCCAUCUCGUUUAAUAUUUCAAUCAUAUAAAUUUCAAUUUUUUCUUAUUUUAUUCACAUGGAUAUUUGGUAUAUUCUAUCCAAUAAAAUUUUUAUUUACAAAUGAAAUUGUUUAUAAUAUUGAAAAUCAAAUUUGUCAACUUCCAUUACAUUUGUCAUUUUCAAUAAUUUACAUGGCUAAUUUUGCGUAUAUUUUACCAGUUUCAUUAACAUUUAUUAUUUAUUUAAAAUUAGUUUUAUAUGUUAAAAAAAUGAGUAAACGUGUUUCAUUAAUAAAUCGAGUAAAUCGUGCAAAACAAGAAUUAAAAAUGCUUCGACGUACAGUUAUUUUAGUAGCAAUGUUAAUUAUUUAUUGUUUUCCUUAUGCAAUGUUUAUUUUUUUCUCAUUUUUUCUUGUUAUACCAAAAUAUCAUUUUCGUAUAUCUUAUGUAUUUAUUGAUGUUUCUUAUUUAUUUAUGAUGAUUGCUUUAUUUCAAUUUACAGAUCCAAUUAAAACAUCAAUUACCAAGAUUUUAUUUAAACAACCAAAUCAUAUUUUACCAACAACAAAUUUAAAGGAUCAAAAUCAAAUGAAUAUUUUAUGA